CUAAAGGGACAAAUUGAACUGCACCAGCGAAGAAAGAAAACACCCCCUCUCAAUCCCACCGAGGUGCCGCGCCGCCAGGGAACAGGUAUUAAUUAAGAAUUGGUCAGCAAGUGGGAGUGAUUCGCUUCCAUUAGGGCAUCUAUUGCCCCCUCCUCAAAUUCCGACGUCUUCCUCUCGCCAGCCAUCGCCCCCCCUGAAUCUCGUCUCGGGGGCCAUUUUCGAGGCAUCAUCUAGCCUAUUGGGCCCGCGCACCAUUGUACCGAAUCCUCCCCGCGAUUGAACUCAGCCACCGAGGCCCAGCGCUGCUCAACCCACCCGUUCGCCUGGCUUUAACGAAAAGAAAAAUUAGCUGCCACCGCACACACGAUCAUGACCAAGUGAUCGCAAAUCCCUUUCAUCAUAAGGCCGUGGUCGUGACGGCAGCCUACCGUACCCGCUUCACACAUCACCAGACUCUCUCCCAGUUCGCGCGACUUCUACUUACUCAAUUCCUUUUCUGAGCCAUCCUCGCCACCAAUAUCGCUGCAUUCUUACACCAUCAUCUUCUUAUAUCUAAACGGAAAGAAAAGAGAAGGGAGUAAUAAAUAACUCAUUUUCCGCACCCCUCUUUCGCGUCAUCUUACAUUAUCACCGCUCUUUGGAUCACAGCAUCGCCAGGCGUGCCUUAUCUACCGCCACUAAGAACACCAGAGAGAUAGGGCUCCUUGCCCGCCCGACCAGCAUCCCCCCACCUUACCCUACACAUUUCACAUGAAUCGCUCAUCUUCCUCAAUUCACAACUCACAGCCGACCUCUUCUCCCGCCUUGACGCAUUCUCCAGUUUCACAGGAUGACGCUGCUUCGAUAACAAGACUCGCGGAGGACACGGCUCACCUCACCGUGAAUGGUGCUGCCGUGCCCGCCGCCGCCGCCACCCCUGCUCAUCACCAGCUCCCUGCGCCUGUCGCCAAAAAGCCCAAAAUGACACACCGUCUUACUCGAAUGUUCUCUCGUACCGAGCAAAGCCAUAUCGACGCCGCCAAAGCAGAACAUCUCAAGUCCUCGUCCCCCCUGCCCGAUGUUCCUUCAGACGCCCUCAACGGUCACUCCAACCGACCUCUGCCAGCCAGAACCUCUUCCGGUGAUCAGAAAGACAAGAAGAUGACAAUCCUCCAGACCGCAAAGGAGAAGACAAAGGGUGAGCCGCCCUUCGACCCGGCCCAUGCUCAAUUUAAGAGGUUUGACCUACAUGAGGAUGGUACACAUGAUCAUCAUCUCAAGUCCGCCAAACGGCAGGAGAAGUUGACGGACAUGCUCCGCGAAAUGCUGGGCGGCAAAAAGAAGGAUGCGGACGGGGACCAACAACUGUCCCUUAUGUCCUCGUGGGUCGACCAGCUGAGAUCAGAGAAGGAUGCCUUGGCUGGUGACAAGAAGGGCGGUCCUAACGCUACCGCCAACCUGGUUGAAAAGUACGGCAAAUGCCAGGAAAUCGUCGGUCGCGGCGCAUUCGGCAUCGUACGGAUAUCGCACAAGCCCGAUCCUAAUAGCAUCAGUGGAGAAUCGUUGUACGCCGUCAAGGAAUUCCGUCGCCGACCACAGGAAACAGCGAAGAAGUACCAGAAACGGCUGACCAGCGAAUUUUGUAUAUCAUCGUCACUACGACACCCGAACAUAAUACACACCCUCGAUCUCCUCCAAGAUUCAAAAGGGGAUUAUUGCGAAGUCAUGGAGUACUGUGCCGGAGGCGACCUCUAUACCCUAAUUCUUGCCGCUGGUCAAUUACAGGUCUUGGAGUCCGACUGCUUUUUCAAGCAGUUGAUGCGUGGCGUUGAAUACAUGCAUGAGAUGGGUGUCGCCCAUCGAGACCUGAAGCCCGAGAACUUAUUGCUCACUACACACGGUGCUUUGAAAAUCACCGACUUUGGAAACGGCGAAUGUUUCCGAAUGGCUUGGGAAAAGGAGGCUCACAUGACGGCCGGACUGUGCGGAAGCGCCCCUUAUAUCGCUCCCGAGGAAUACCAGGGCGGUGAAUUCGACCCUCGAGCCGUCGACGUGUGGGCCUGUGGUGUCAUUUACAUGGCCAUGCGAACCGGCCGUCAUCUAUGGAGGGUGGCGCGAAAAGAAGAAGAUGAAUUCUACGAGCGCUAUCUGGAAGGACGGAGAGACGAAGAUGGUUAUGCUCCAAUUGAGACGUUGCACAGGGCACGCUGCCGAAAUGUCAUCUAUUCGAUUUUAGAUCCCAACCCAGGUCGCCGUAUCACGGCCUCUCAAGUCCUCAAAUCCGAAUGGGGCAGAGACAUCAAAGUAUGCAAGGCCGGCGAGGAAGGUUACUGAUCUACCUCGUCGUCGUCAAGACAUACUCGCCAAUACUCACGGCACGUUUUUGCGGAUGGAUUGACGGAGGAAAGUUCCUCACUCGUGUUGUCAUUUUUUGUUUUCCAGCAUACACACGAGUAUGAUGACCCCGUUGACGAAGUGACGACAACCUCGAAUCAAAUUGAUUUUUUUAAAAAGAGCACUUGCAAUUUUUCAUUUCCUUUCUUCUCCACGGAGGUUCAAGAUGACGAUUUUUCUUGUUCUGCCUUUCGCCUCCCCCAGAUGGCAAACAACUGUAUCUCACGCAAAAAGAAAGCGAGCAUAUCUAGAGUGGAAAGCGAUUGAUGAAUUGAAAACGCAUCGGAAGUACUUUUUGGGGGGGGGGUUCCCCUUCUAUACGCCCAAUUUUUUCUUUCUAUCUCCGUGUUUGUGUGUUUGAAAGUUGAAGAGAACGCAGCGAUGUUUUUGGUUUUUGGUCUUCGUCUUCUCUCGUUUUUGAUGAUCCUGCCUGUACCUAAACCUUCUUUCUUUUCACCCUACCUAGGUAUUUUGUCCGUUUCCCCCUUUUUAGAAAAGGGGAACUCAGGAAAACUACAGAUACAAUUCUUGCAUUUCAAAAAUGAUGAUACGUCACGUGUGUA